UCAAAAUAAUUGCGGGAAAGUGAGUGUCAGCAUAUUCCGCCACAGAAGUACAAACGUCGUUUGAUAACAAUCGGUGAUAAUAUUGCAUUGACACGUUGUUGUGUACACAGACAUAACGACGAUGGACAAGAGGAAAGGAAAGGGGGCUACCAAGGACCAACCCCGAAAAAGAAAUCCAGGUUCGAGGAGGAAGAUGAUCCAUCCCAGUUUGAAGCAGACCUGGCAAUGAUGGAGGACUUCGAGAAUGAAAUGAUGGAGGACGAGGCAGCUGGAGGUUCGGGAGAUGGACCUGCUGGACCGGAGACCAGGACCUCCAGGAGCAAGUGGGCCCGACCUGCUGCCCCUGACCUUGACCCCAAGACUGACACAGUGACCUUUCAGCAGCUGGAUGUGGACAACUAUGUUGGGAAACAUCUGGCAGGGAUGCCGGGGGCCACACAGGGACCGGUACCCAUCAUCCGGAUGCACGGGAUCACUCAAGAUGGCAACAGUGUCAUGGCCCACAUCCACGGCUUCGCCGCAUACUUCUACGUCCCAGCACAGCCGGGCUUUAAAGAGAAGGAUUGUGGGGCAUUUAAGGACGCUCUGGAUGCGGCUGUGAAGAAGGACAUGCGGUCCAACCGCGAGGGCGUGGUCCAGGCGGUUCUUGCUGUGGAUUGUGUCAUCAGAGAAAGUAUCUAUGGUUUCCAUGGUAACAGGAAGAUUCCCUUUCUGAAGAUCACAGUUGCACUACCUCGUCUGAUUGCCCCGUCUCGCCGGCUCCUUGAGCAAGGCUUCGUAUGUACAGGCUAUAGCCAGUAUGCCUUUCAGACCUACGAAAGUAACAUAGACUUCGAGAUCAGGUUUAUGGUUGACGCCCAUGUUGUAGGAUGUAACUGGAUUGAGAUUCCAGCAGGGAAAUACAUCCUCCGUACCAAAGAUGCUAAGGAUGGCCGACUUCCUCCGGUGUCUCGCUGUCAGAUAGAGCUGGACGUGUCGUGGGAAGAUAUUGUGUCCCAUUCUACAGAAGGGGAGUGGUCCAAGGUCGCCCCUUUCCGCAUCCUCAGCUUCGACAUUGAAUGUGCUGGGAGGAAAGGUGUUUUCCCCGAGGCUGACAAGGAUCCAGUGAUACAGAUCGCCAACAUGGUGAUUCGUCAGGGGGAGCACGACCCAUUUGUUCGCAACGUGUUUACCCUCAAUACAUGCGCACCUGUUGUAGGGUCAGAGGUGUUGUCCUUCAAGACGGAGAAAGAGAUGUUGGAGAAAUGGUCCGCAUUUGUCCGAGAAAUAGACCCUGAUUUGAUCACCGGCUACAACAUACAGAACUUUGACUUCCCGUACCUGAUCAACCGGGCAGCGCAUCUGAAGGUGCGAGACUUCACGUACCUGGGUCGCAUCAAGGACAACCAGUCUGUCAUUAAGGAGUCCAUGUUCCAGAGCAAACAGAUGGGGAAGAGAGAGAACAAGGUCAUCAACAUUGAGGGCAGGACGCAGUUCGACCUCCUGCAGAUAUUGUUGCGAGACUACAAACUAAGGUCAUACACCUUGAACGCAGUGUCCUUUCAUUUCCUUCAAGAACAGAAGGAAGAUGUUCAACACUCCAUUAUCACAGAUCUCCAGAAUGGUAAUGAGCAGACUCGGCGCCGGUUAGCAGUCUACUGCCUGAAGGACGCCAUCUUGCCACUCCGACUCCUAGACAAGUUGAUGUGUGUCAUCAACUACAUGGAGAUGGCUCGUGUCACUGGCGUGCCCCUCCCCUUCCUGCUCGCAAGAGGUCAGCAGAUCAAGGUCAUUUCCCAGCUGCUGCGGAAGGCAAAGGAACAGGACCUUGUGCUACCAUCACAGAAAGUAGACACAGGGGACGAGUACGAGGGUGCCACGGUCAUCGAACCUGAGAAAGGGUAUUACGACAUACCCAUAGCCACCCUGGAUUUCUCGUCGCUGUACCCGUCAAUCAUGAUGGCACACAACCUGUGCUACACCUCCCUCCUCAACCCCGCUGCCAUCCAGAAGGAAAGGUUAACUGCCGAGCAGUACAUCAAGACGCCCAGUGGGAACCUGUUCUGCAAGUCUACUGUCAGGAAGGGUCUGCUGCCAGAAAUCUUGGAGCAUUUACUUUCUGCCAGGAAAAAAGCUAAGGCUGAUCUGAAGAAGGAGACAGAUCCAUUCAAGAAGAAGGUGCUGGACGGCCGUCAGCUUGCAUUGAAGAUCAGUGCCAACUCUGUGUACGGGUUCACAGGUGCUCAAGUCGGCAAACUGCCUUGUCUGGAGAUAUCUCAGAGUGUGACAGCCUUCGGUCGUAUGAUGAUAGAACAGACCAAGCAGUAUGUGGAGGAGAGGUACACGAUCGCCAACGGAUACAAGCAUGAUGCUAAGGUUAUCUAUGGCGACACGGACUCCGUGAUGUGCAAGUUCGGUGUGGAGACGGUUGCCGAGGCAAUGGAUCUUGGCAAGGAAGCAGCAGAAGUCAUCUCUGCCAAGUUUGUCAGCCCCAUCAAGCUAGAGUUUGAGAAGGUUUACUUCCCAUAUCUUCUGAUCAACAAGAAGCGUUAUGCUGGUCUGUUCUGGACGAACCACAAACAUGACAAGAUGGACUGCAAGGGUAUCGAGACGGUGCGUCGAGACAACAGACCCCUCGUUGCCAACCUCAUCAACAUGUGUCUACAACUGCUGCUGAUUGAUAGAGAUCCAGAUGGCGCUGUGCAGCACGUGAAGCAGACGAUCUCAGACCUCCUGUGUAAUCGCGUGGACAUCUCGCAACUCGUCAUCACCAAGGAGUUGACAAAGACUGACGACGACUAUGCAGGAAAACAGGCACAUGUGGAACUGGCAAACAAGAUGAAGAAGCGUGAUGCAGGAAACGCCCCCAAGCUGGGAGACCGAGUGCCGUACGUCAUCAUCGCUGCAGCUAAGGGCACAGCAGCAUACAUGAAGUCCGAGGAUCCGAUAUACGUCCUGGAAAACAACAUCCCGAUUGACACACAGUACUAUCUGGAAAAUCAACUGUCUAAACCACUACUGAGGAUCUUCGAGCCCAUCCUAGGGGAAAAGAAAGCCGAGUCCGUCCUGCUGAAGGGUGACCACACCCGAACAAAGACAGUGGUAGCAUCAAAGGUGGGUGGUCUGGCAGCCUUCACCAAGAAGAAGAGCACCUGUAUCGGCUGCAAGACCCCACUCAGUGUGGAAGGAGUGUCUGUGUGCAAGCAUUGCAAGAGUCAGGAGUCAGCGCUCUACCAGAAAGAGAUCCUGCAGCUGCAAGUUCUGGAGGAGAAGUUCUCCCGACUGUGGACCCAGUGCCAGAGAUGUCAGGGCAGUCUACACGAGGACAUCCUGUGUACGAGUCGAGAUUGUCCGAUAUUCUACAUGAGGAAGAAAGUUCAGAAGGACCUGGCGGACCAAGACAAGCUCAUCAUGAGAUUCGGGCUACCCAUGGUAGUGGUCGUACAGCACGACCGGCAGUGUGAGAGUGACAGGGGCAGCUGUGGGCUAUUGAUCAAGUCAUAGUGUGAUAAUAUAAGUUGAUCACUGGUCACCAAGGGGACAAGGGUUGAUGUACCUUCUGUUUGUUUAUGUUCCCCUCGCCCAUGUACCCUUCGUGACCAGUGAAGAACAUAUUUAUCUUACCAAAUGGUAAUUUUGAACUGUUUGAAAAACAGGUAUCGGAUAACAAUAGGGAGUACCAUAAUUAGGCAAUUAGCCAAUACUAGAUUUACAAGCAACACAAAUUUAGAGUUAUCUCCCUUCCAUCGAUUUGCAUUCGCAAAACAUCAGUAAUUUCUGUACAUCAUACAUGACUCAAUUAUUC